AAACCCAUGGCUCCCUUUGACCUUGACGCUUGUAUUGAACAACUUCUCCGGAAACAAUUACUGCAUGAAGCUCUCCUUCGUGAAAUAUGCGAGAAGACGAAGGAGGUCCUUAUGCGAGAAUCUAAUGUCGUCCAUGUUAGCGCACCAGUGACAGUAGUGGGAGAUAUACACGGACAGUUCUACGAUCUCAUUGAGAUAUUCAGGAUAGGCGGAUAUGCUCCUAACACAAACUAUCUCUUCCUUGGCGACUACGUUGACCGUGGCCUCUUCAGCGUGGAGACAAUAUCUCUCUUGACAUGCUUGAAGCUGCGUUAUCCAGAUCGAGUACAACUGAUUCGAGGAAAUCAUGAAUCCAGAGCCGUAACUCAAACUUACGGAUUUUACACUGAAUGUGUCCGCAAGUACGGAUCUUCGCAUGUCUGGACAUACUUUACGGACAUGUUCGACUUUCUGACAUUGUCAGUUGUCAUUGACGAUCGGAUAUUUUGCGUUCACGGCGGUCUAUCACCUUCAAUACACUCAAUAGACCAAAUAAAAGUUGUGGAUCGAUUUCGAGAAAUACCACAUGAAGGACCAAUGGCCGAUUUGGUUUGGUCGGAUCCCGAUCCUGAAAAAGAGGAUUUCGCCAUCUCACCUCGUGGUGCCGGCUAUACAUUUGGUUCUGGGGUCGUACACAAAUUCUUGGAGAUCAACAAGAUGUCACAUAUCCUCCGCGCACAUCAGUUAUGUAUGGAAGGCUACGCAUCGUUGUUCGACCGGCACCUCUCGACCGUAUGGUCAGCUCCCAAUUAUUGUUAUCGAUGCGGUAAUUCCGCAAGUAUCUUAGAAGUAGGUCCGGGUGGAUCUAUGUAUUUCAAUGUGUUUGAAGCUGCGCCUGAAAACGAGCGAGAUGGACCAACACAACAAGCUGCUCAGAACGCAAGUGGAAAGUUGCCAGAAUAUUUCUUAUAGUGUUAGCCUGUUUCGAGUAUCAUAAAUAUGGAUUCUGUAUCAAUACCUAGUCAGGCUGCAUUGAGAGAUUGAGAGAUAGUAACCGUUCUCACCGG